AUGGAAGAUUUUGAGUAUUACAUCCGAAGAGGCUCAGGAACAUCCCAUCAAGAUUAUGAUUUGAUCGAAGGCGUGCAUCCGUUUCGUUGCUGUAUCACCUUCUCAAUUCUCACUUUUGUCUUUUCCGAAUUGUUCAGAAAGAUAAUCAAAGAAAUGAAUUGGAAUGUUGACACGUUGAUGCUAUAUUACGAAUUCAUCAACUCGGUGACGUUUUUCAUGCUUUAUCACUCCGAAGCCGCCAUGUUCCAACAUUAUGGUUACUCCGCAAUGAUUGUUCUGUCGGCGAUUCACUUUGCGGUCAGCUUCUAUCUGAAUCGUAGAGCUGCUGCGUACACCGAUGAUCUCUAUGACCAGGAAAAGCCAGACUGGGUUACACCACCAAACACCGGAGAAGAUGGAAAGAUGCUGCGAACCAUUGGAGCGUUUCUCUCGUACAUUCCCUCUUGUUUCCUUUGGCAUCUCAUUCAACAAUAUACCGCAAUGUAUGUCACGGAACAUGUUGGAAUGUACCAGUUCACCGAUUCGCUUGUUACCAUCAUUGGAUUCGAGUUCUUCUUCAUUGCCAGUCUUCGUCUAGCCUGCGCACUUUUACCCUAUUCUCGACUUCAGAAGUUCAUUCCGUUGAUUUACGCGGGAAUUUUUAAUUCUGGACAAAUCGCUGAAAAAUCUCGUGUCUGGCAUCCGAUCAUCACUUGCAUGGAAAUGUUCACCGGCAACGGACAAAGCUUCGGCGGUUUUCUCUUUCAUUGUGUUAUCCUUUACUCUGGCUGGUUGAUUGCUUCUCAAUUCGCGCCGAAACGGAAGAUUGUGUCACCAUCACUUCUGAAGCUCAGAAGAAAGCACAAGGCAGCUGUGGAGGCAGAGAAAAGGAACGGAACAGAUGCAAGAUUGGUUGAGAAGGCUGCUCUGGAUCGGGAAAGAGAGAUGAGACAUGCAGUGGAACGGGAAUUCUUCGAUGAAACACUCGGAAAUGCGGAAACUUUCUCACUUCAACACUUUGUAUUUGAUCAUUUCAAUCAAUAA